AUGACGGUCAACCUCCGUACUCAGAAGCGCCUGGCCGCGUCGGUCGUCGGCUGCGGCAAGCGCAAGAUCUGGCUCGACCCCAACGAAGUCAACGAGAUCUCGAACGCCAACUCCCGUCAGACCGUCCGCAAGCUCGUCGCCGAUGGCCUCAUCAUCCGCAAGCCCGUUGCUAUGCACUCUCGUGCCCGUGCUAGAGCCCUCAACCAGGCCCGGAGAAUCGGUAGACACCGUGGCUACGGUAAGAGGAAGGGUACCAAGGACGCCAGAAUGCCUUCUCAGGUUUUGUGGAUGAGACGCCUUCGUGUCCUCCGCCGUCUUUUGGUCAAGUACCGCGCCGCUGGCAAGAUCGACAAGCACCUCUACCAUGAGCUGUACCAGCUGAGCAAGGGUAACACCUUCAAGCACAAGCGUGCCCUUGUUGAACACAUCCACAAAGCCAAGGCCGAGAAGCAGCGUGAGAGAAUCCUCAAGGAGGAGAUGGACGCCAAGCGUGCGAAGACCAAGGCUGCCCGCGAGAGACGGCAGGAGCGUGUCCUACAGAAGCGUAACGCUCUGACUGGCGAGGACGAGGAGACCAAGGAGUAG